AUGCCCCCCAAACCCUUCAACCCACCCCGUUCCUCAAAACCUGGUCCAUCCAAACCCCGCGGACGCCCCAAAGCCUCAACUACCACCACUACAUCCAAACCAAAACCAAAACCAAAACCCAACACCAAAACUUCAGCUCCUGCCGCCAAGAAACAGCGCGUCUCCAAAACUCCAACCCCACAACUCGAAGACGAAAACGAAAACGAAAACAUGGACGACGAUGAAGAAAGCGACGAUCCCUUCGCAUCACAACCCGCAUCUAAAUCCCACCCCUCGACCUCCAAAUCCAAAUCCACCUCCAAACCCGCCUCUAAACCCCAUACAAACCAUGAUGCCGCAUCCUCCUCCGACUCCGAAGUACAAAUUAUCAGCUCACCUCCUUCGCGCAACAAAUCUGCAGGCACAGCCGCCAAAACCCAAACGCAACACCAAGACCAAGACCAAGAUUCCGAACCAGAACAAGAAAUCGCUCGCGCCACCAUCCCUAGUGACCUUCUAACUAAAAUCAUGCAUGAACUAUCCUCAGAACCCAAUACGCGUAUUUCGAAAGAGGCAAAUAAAGCUAUGGGUAAAUAUAUAGAUACUUUUGUGCGGGAGGCGGUGGCGAGAGUGAGAUAUGCGGAGGGGAGAAGUGGGAGGGGAGGGGGUUUUUGGGAGCUCGACGCCGCAUUCGCAGUCGCAGUCGCCACUGAAGUUGAAGUAGAUGUCGAUGCCUUUCCAUCAGCCGUUCCAGAUCCAGAUCCAGAUGAUUCCCCGCUGUUACUUCCUGACGAGGAGGAGGAGGAGGAGGAUGGGGCUGUGCUGGAGGAAUCUGAGGAACCUGAUGAACCUGAUGAACCUGAUGAACCUGAUGAACCUGACGAGGAACCUGAGGUGGAGGAGGUAGAGCCAUCAAGUGAUGGGGCUAGAUUCGCGGGGGCUUUUUCUGCUAAUGCGACGUAA